ACCCCAUGCAAUCUCCUAUAUAAACAGCAAACCAAGUGAAUGUUAGCUCAUAAAGCCUCUGAUCCCAUUCUGUUGUAUUUCGUAUUGCUUCAGUAUUCUCAAAGUAUGGCGAUGUUGAAGUCGUCACCCGCUUUCCUUGUUCUUGCUUUUGCUUUCUUCUUGUGUUUCAUUAUGAGCAAUGGAUCUUAUGUCUAUUUUCAAUUUGUGCAACAAUGGCCACCGACCAACUGCAGAGUUCGCAUCAAGCGACCUUGCUCCAGUCCCCGGCCAUUACAAUAUUUCACCAUUCAUGGCCUUUGGCCAAGUAAUUAUUCAAACCCGAGGAUGCCCAGUAAUUGCACUGGACCGCAAUUUAAGCGAAUAUUGUCCCCUCAACUGCGAUCCAAACUGCAGACAUCUUGGCCGGACGUGGAAAGUGGCAAUGAUACAAAGUUUUGGGAAAGCGAAUGGAACAAACAUGGUACAUGUUCCAAAGAGACACUUAACCAAAUGCAGUACUUCGAGCGAUCCUACGCAAUGUGGAUGUCGUACAAUAUUACAGAGAUCCUUAAAAACGCUUCAAUCGUACCACAUCCGACACAAACAUGGAAGUACUCGGACAUAGUUGCACCCAUUAAAGCAGCAACUAAAAGAACACCCCUCCUCCGUUGCAAACAGGACAAGAAUACUGUGUUGUUACAUGAAGUGGUAUUUUGUUAUGAAUAUAAUGCGUUAAAGCAGAUUGACUGUAAUCGAACAUCCGGAUGCCAAAAUCAACCAGCCAUCUCGUUUCAAUAAAAUUAUAGCUAGCCUUUUUCAGUCAUAAUAAAGUAUAGUAUGGUUUGGUAUGGUACUAGUGUAAUCAAAAUGAAGGAUUGCGCUUA